UAGUUUUGCUCAAGAUUGAAAGAAAAUGGCUUUUCAUGAUUUGGUUUUUGGCAUCAUCUUCUUCAUUCAGACAGGUGUUGGUGUCCUGGGAAACUUCUUCCUCCUUUGUCUUUAUGCCAUCACUUUUCUCACUGGCCACAGACUGAAGCCCAUAGAUUCCAUUUUGGUCCAUUUAGCUUUGUCAAACUCUAUAGUGCUUAUUAUCAAAGGAAUCCCCCAGACAAUGCUUGCUUUGGGCCUGAAAAUUUUCCUGGAUAAUUUUGCAUGUAAAUUCAUCAUUUACAUCCACCGAGUGGCCCGAAGUCUUUCCCUGACCUUUACCUGCCUCCUGAGUGUAUUUCAGAUGAUCACUAUCAGCUCCUUUACCUGGUUUAAAUUGUCAGGACUCAAAAAUAAACUUCCAAAGAAUAUCGUCACCUUCUGCCUUUUCUCCUGGAUCCUGUGUAUACUGAUGAAUAUCUAUAUGUUUGCAAAUAUACAGAACUUUAGAGAAAAUAGUAACAAUACCAGGACAUGGCAUAUGGGAUUCUGUUUAGGUUUUGCUUCAGGUUCAUUCAAAGCCUUAAUAUUUGUAAUUACGUUCUCCAUCCCUGAUUUCCUGUGUGUGGGAUGCAUGGUCAUGGCCAGUGGCUAUCUGGUGCUUUUCUUACAUAGGCACCAUCAAGUAGUCCAGCAUAUUUACAGCUCCAGCUUUAUCCCAAGAACCUCACCUGAGACAAGGGCCACCCAUACCAUCUUGAUGUUGGUAAGCACCUAUGUCUCCUUCAACUCAAUCAAUUCUAUUAUGGCAAUUUAUCUUUUUCCAUUUGAGAAAUAUCAUCAGUGGUUGAUGCCUACCUCAGCUUUCUUAGCUGCAUGUUUCCCAGCCAUCAGUCCCUUUGUUCUGAUCUCCCAUGAUUCUAGAAUUCUCCAUUUGUACUACUCAACUCUGGGGAAAGACAAACUCCCCAAUUCUUCUUCCUAGGGAUUCCACUACUCAACAAUGUAUUUCUAAUCUGACUAGCAAAUACCUUUACAUGACUGAUGACCAUCAUGUAUGCACAGGAUAGGAUCAAAGGAUUGCAAGACUUCAAAAGUUAGAGGUUUCUUACUAGUCAUCAUGCCUAAACUCCUGAAGUCUUUCCCUAUUCAGUGGUCAAUUCCAAGCUGUGGGUGAGCAAAGAAUCCUGCAGCCAAGGCUGAAACCACACAGGUGCUUUCCCACAACUUGUUUCUUGUUGACUCCAUCAGUAUCUGCCAUUGGGAUAUAGACUCCUAUAACAACAAGACAAGGUGAAGCUGCUGCCCUCCUCCCCCAGUGAUUGGAUCUUGUUCAUUCCUCAGUUUUUGCUUUAGGGUACUUGUACUACCAGUCAACCCUUCUCCUGGGUCAUCCCUGUCUGCUCUGUUUAACUACCAACUCUUUUCCGUGUUUGCCACUUUCAGCAUUGUUUCUACAGAAUUAUUUCUGAUUAUUUGGGGGGAGUUUGGAGGGUUAGCCAUUCUCAUGCCCAAAUCUUCCAUCUUCUCACAAUUUCUGAUAUAUUCUAGAGAUCACAAAUCUAUGCCUCAGAAAACUGGAAUACAUGAUACUGCCUUGUUAUCUGCCAGAAGUGCUAUCAAUAAGAAAUAGUAUAAGAGUAGUCAAUCAGUCCAUAAGCAUUCAUGUAAUCGUAAAAUCAGGACUCUGGUCCUUAGAAUUUUAAUAAUUUAUUAGAAUUACUUGGAUAGGUAAGAGAUGAGAAAGAGAAAGAGAGAUUUAAAAUAACCUAAUUUAGCUCCAACAUGGGUGCUUCCAGCAGCAUUAGCAGCAGCAAGUUUUUUCCCCAGAUGCUAGAGACAGAGAGAGCUAACACUUCCCCAUUUAACUCUUUUAUCCCUUCUUUUAUAUCCUGUUCAAAUUCAGAGCCAUGCUUGGUUCAAGUUUAAAGUCAUAUAGCCUUUGCUGGGAUGCAGAAAUGUAGCGAUACAGGGCAACAUCUCAUUCUCAGCCCCAGGAGAGGGGUGUAAAUUCCCUUUACACAAUUUCCCCCUUGAUUCCUUGGGAGACCUACAUGUUAAAUCACCUCACUAGGGGAUUAACAUGUCAGGUUUCCCCAGUGAAUGAUUCUACAUAUAUAGCCUAUACAUCUAACGAGUGUCUUUAAGAUUGCCCCUUAUAUAAAGGGAAUUACAACAAUUGGGGAGAAAAGGGAAAGAAAGGAUAAAGAAGAGAAAAAAAUUGACACUGACAAAAAAAAAACAAAUCAAGGA